CAAGAUGGCGGCAAAAGCAAUUGAUAUUCAGACAAAAAAAAGAAAAUCAAAACGUAUUCGAGCUGCAAACAAAUUCUUAGCAAAUAUUUCUCUUGAUGGGAAACUACCCUCGCAAAAAAGUCGAAGAGAAUUUGAGAAAAUCAGGGACAAUCAACCGUUGCGAUUAGACAAAGAAGAAAUUCAAUUAAUUUCAAAUCAAAGUUUUGUACAGAACCCAUCUUUGCAAGCAAGACCAAAACUUUUGGGUUCAUUUUCAACAGUAGACGCAACUGAAGAAAAUAAGAGAGUAGAUACUGUUGCUUCUGUGGCUUCUACUUCCACAUUUCAGACGAAUAUUGUACUGGAAAAUGCAUGUCUGUAUAACAGGGCUAUUUCUUUAAGAGAACCUAAACAGACUCACAGUGACAUCGUUUGUGAAAGAAAUCUAACAAGAUGUCAUGGGCAGUUGUGUGGGAAAAGAGUUAUUCUGUGUUCAGGUCAUCAUGUUCCAUUCGCUGUUUUCUCCACUUUGAAAUACACGCAACAAGACAAGUUUUCAGACUCGCUUGAUAAAACAACGUAUAAAUUACAAAGACUUUCUGAUGAACUUGAAAAUUGUUCUUAUGGAAUUAAAGGAAUUGAUAUUGGUUCAAAGGACAGGCCUGUAUCAUAUGGAUAUUUAUUGGUGCGUAGUGCACCUGAUUCUCAGUAUUCAAGAAGCAUCCUUUCCCCUCGGAGAAAUUUAGGGACAACAUCUUACCACACCCUUGAUGAAAGCAGAGUGUUCACUUCUAGUACACCUGGUUCAAGUACACCUGGUUCAAAGAUGUUUUCUCCAAGAGAAUAUUAUCACACAUCAAGCAACUAUAGUGAGUAUAAGGAAUAUGAUCCAUUUUUACUUGAUGACCCAGAGUUGAGAUCAGGAAGACAUCGAAAAGUCUUGAAACUGAGUUCAUUUAUGGUGUCCAUCAUUGAAUAUGUGAAACCUUCUCAAUUGAAGAAAGAUUUAAAUGAACAGUUUAAGGAGAAAUUUCCAAACCUUGAAAUCACAUUAUCAAAAUUGAGAAGUUUAAAACAAGACCUUGUAACAAUAUCCCAAGAGUGUUCUUUAGAUAACGCAACAGUGGCAUAUUCAACUGUUUAUUUUGAAAAGCUUGUAUUGUGGGGCAAAAUAAGUAAAAAUAAUCGGAAAUUAGUCAUUGGUUCCUGUUUAUUAUUGGCAGCAAAAUUCAGUAGUGAUUUGAAAAAAGAAGCUGUAAAACAGCUGAUCAAUCAUAUUUCUGACAGUUUUCGAGUCAGCACAAAAGACCUUCUCUUGUUUGAGAUCCAAGCUCUUAUAGCGAUGGAAUUUAACCUACAUCUUCCCACCCAUAAUGUUCUGCCCCAUUUGAAAAGAUUGGAAUUUGAAAAAUAUAAUUAGAUAUAAUUAGUAAAACAAAUAUGAGACACUGUAAUAAACGAGUCCAAUAUAAUUUAUUUUGUAAAUAUUAAAGUACUGCUUGUUACACUAAAAAGUAAAA